AACUCACAAAAAUGCUAAGUUCCGGAAUCGCGGCUAAGUUGCAGCAUAACCGUGACCGAGCUCAGGGCAUCGGCAGCAAUGAAAAAGCGGUGAUGUUCUUGGAGCAAGAUUUCAAGGCGCUCAGACAAGAGUGCCUGAAGAGUGGAAAGCUGUUCGAGGAUGACGCUUUCCCGGCGGAUCCGGCAUCCCUUGGCUACAGAGAACUGGGACCGAAAUCCGCGAAGGUGCGCGGCAUCACCUGGAAACGUCCUAAGGAACUAUGUCCCAGUCCACAGUUCAUCGUUGGCGGUGCCAUCAGGACAGAUAUCUGCCAGGGAGAGCUGGGGGACUGCUGGCUACUCGCCGCUAUCGCCUCUUUGACCCUGAAUGAGCAGGUCCUGGCUCGCGUUGUUCCACGUGACCAGAGCUUCCAGGAGAACUAUGCUGGAAUCUUCCACUUCCAGUUCUGGCAGUUCGGUGAGUGGGUGGACGUGGUGAUCGAUGACCGGCUGCCAGCCAGAGAUGGGGAGCUGCAGUUCGUCCACUCAGUAGAAGGAUCUGAGUUCUGGAGCGCCCUGCUGGAGAAGGCCUAUGCCAAGCUGAACGGCAGCUAUGAGGCUCUGUCAGGGGGGAGCACGACGGAAGGAUUCGAGGACUUCACUGGGGGCGUCACUGAAAUGCACGAGCUAACGAACCCAAACCCCAACCUCUUCAAAAUCAUCCAGAAAGCCCUGCGCAGGGGGUCCCUCCUGGGCUGCUCCAUUGACAUCACAAGCUUGGCGGAUUCGGAGGCCAUCACGACCCAAAAGCUGGUGAAGGGCCACGCGUACUCUGUGACCGGCGCCGAGGAGGUGAGCUACCAAAGAACCACGGCGAAGCUGAUCCGUAUCAGGAAUCCCUGGGGACAGGUGGAGUGGACAGGCGACUGGAACGACAGCUCCGCUCAGUGGAGUCAAAUCAGCGAUGAGGACAGAGCGAGGCUGACCAACCGAUCUGAGGAUGGAGAGUUCUGGAUGUCCUUCUCUGACUUCCUGCAACACUUCUCCCGGGUAGAGAUCUGCAACCUCACCCCUGAUGCUCUCUCUGAGGAGGACACCGAGAAAUGGAGCCUGUCCAAAUUUGAUGGGACCUGGAGGAGAGGCUCCACCGCCGGGGGGUGCAGGAAUUAUCCAAACACCUUCUGGACAAACCCACAGUUUGUGAUUAAGCUGGAGGAAGAGGACGAUGACCCUGACGAUGAGGAGGUCGGCUGCAGCUUUGUGGUUGGCCUGAUGCAGAAGAAUCGGCGCCGCAUGAGGAAGAUGGGGGAGGACAUGCUCACCAUCGGCUUCGCCAUCUACGAGGUGAGGAAGGAGUUUGUGGGCCAAAGGAAAGUCCACCUGAACCGGAACUUCUUCAUGCAGCAUGGGUCCAAGGCUCGCUCUGAAACUUUCAUCAACUUGCGGGAGGUGUGCGGUCGCUUCUGUCUGACCCCCGGGGAGUAUCUUAUCGUGCCCUCCACCUUCGAGCCCCACCUGAACGGGGACUUCUGCCUGCGCAUAUUCUCCAAGAAGCAGACUGAGUUUCAAGAAAUGGACGAUCCCGUUGAGUCAAAUGUGGGAGAGAUGGAAAUAACUGAAGGGAAGAUUGAUAGUACAUUUAAAAAUCUUUUUGGGAAAUUGGCUGGAUCUGACUGUGAAAUCAAUGCCUUUGAACUAAGGAGAAUUUUGAAUAAAGUGGUGUCCAAUCGGAAGGAAGUCCGGACAGACGGGUUUAGCCUUGAAACGUGCCGCAACAUGAUCAAUCUUUUGGAUAAAGAUGGAAGUGGAAAGCUGGGCCUUUUGGAAUUCAAGAUUUUGUGGAGCAAAAUUGAAAAAUACAUGGAAAUCUACUGUCAGAAGGAUACUGACCAUUCGGGCACCAUAAGCUCUGCAGAAAUGCGUUUGGCGGUGGAGGAAGCAGGGUUCUUGCUGAACAACCCUCUGCACCAGAUCGUGGUGGCCAGAUACAGUGAAGCUGACCUGACCAUUGAUUUCGAUAAUUUUGUGGGGUGCCUGAUCCGCCUUGAGGCCAUGUUUAAAAUAUUUAAAAGCCUGGACACAGAAGAUUCUGGAAUGGUGAGCUUUAACUUUGCACAGUGGCUGACUUUCACUCUACUCUAAAGCUUCAGAGAUGGAAGCCUUCACAGUCUCCACCUGCAGGAUACCGUUAAGAAUAAUUAUAUAGGAAAGCAAUAGUAAUAUAGCAUUUGAAACAAUACCAGUUAUAUAAUUGUUUUAUUUUGCGUACAUGUGUUUUGGGAUUUUAUCAUUGUAAUCAUUAAAAUAUUUACCCCAAUUAAAAGACUUUCUAUAAAAUGUUGUACUUUUAAAAGGAGUAAAUAAAACUUGAAAAUGCA